AUGACCUUCAUAUAUGAAGAAGACUUUACUGAUCUUAUUGAUAAUCACAAUUCUUCUUCUAAUACUGAGAUUGUUCUUGAAUCUGACAAUGAGAUAAAGUACAGUCAUGACCUGCCUGAGUAUUCUAAGACUCAUAUGCAAGGAUAUACAUAUGUGAUAUCAACUGAGCCUUUAAAUGUUGAGAAAAUGACACAAAUGAUGAAUGAUAUUCAGUACGGAAAAAGUUCUGUUCACUCAUUCAAAGAAAUAUAUUGCUCUUUUCUUCAUUCUAGAAAGAGUAUUCAGUUGAUUGAGAAUGAUCAGAGAAAAUGCAAUGCUGUUAGCUUUACACGGGCGAUUCGAGCGCUGUUUCAAGAAGGAACUUCCUGUAUGCGAUUUGCAGAAACCUGUGCACCUGAUGUCACUGAAUAUCAUGCUUUAUUUAUUUCUUGUGUGAAUUCUUUCAGACAAUCAUAUUCAUUACUUCUUUCGACCAGUACAAGGACAUUCUUUCUCAAAAGUCCUGCUUUACAGAAAUUUUGUGAUGAGCAUAAUAGUCAGAGUCUGGCUGAAAUUCACAUCAGUUUUACCAAUAUGAAUCGAUUUCGAGCUAUACUACAAAAACAACAACUAUUGAGUUUUCCUGCAGGUCAAGAUUACAAUGGAGUUCUAUUUCAACUAGAUCAAAAUUCAGCUUUGAAGAACUAUGUACAGAACAUUCAUCAGAAUGAGAAAGGUUUGAUGAUUAUCUGUAUGUUAAAAGAACAAGCAGCUCUUCUUCUUAGUCUUUCAUCUUUUGAAGUUGAUAUGUCAUACAAACAUAUUAAAUCUUCAAAAAUGAAUGAGGUGAUCUUUGCAACAUAUCUUCCUCAGCAUGGAAAAAUUAUUACCUUGUGUCGAAUCUUUACAGAGCAGGAAAAUCCUGAGAGAUAUUAUCACUUAUUUCAACAAACAUUUGCAGUAGUACAAAAGCUGCAGAAUCAAUCUGUUUCUUUUGACUAUCUGCAUGAAUUGGAGAUACAGGCAAUUAUUGCGGAUAUGUGCACAAAACAGAUGACUGGCCUAGCACAAUAUCUUGCAUCUAUCGACCCUGAACAUCGAUCAUUUGAUUGGCAACUGAAGAAUAUUCUUAUCUUUUAUCAUAUUCAUUUUUUCCGCAGCAUUUCCAACAUAGUGGGAACUCAGAAUCAAGGUACCUCAGCUUGGAAUCAUAUGACAAGUCUUUUGAAUUGCAAAUCCCAGGAUGACUAUAUGAAAUUAUGCAAUUUAUUGAUUC